AUGUUACUGAUGGAAAUCUUGAAAUUAAGUUGUACACAUAUAACCAGAUCAUAUAGGUGUGCUAUAGUGGCUCAGUUGAAUUUUAUCAUGGAUGUUGUUAUGAAUGCAGCAAAGUCAUCUGGUUGUCUAAGAGAAAGACUGUCUAAUGCAGCUGCUGCAUUUAAUGCAAAGAGUCAAGCAUCACUUAAAGGCAAGAAUGCAUAUUUUAUGCUAUGUGGGACAGAUUAG